UCCGACCCCAGCCUCUUGAUUUGUCCUGAUUUCCUUAGUGAUCCAUACCUGGCUAGUCGCACCAGCCUCGUUACCCCUACCACCACCGAGGCACAAGCAGUGGAUCUCCUUCGCACGGUGUGGCUCACCACCAACAAUGCCUUGCAUUCCCAAUGGCAACAACAGCUCGCUGAAGACGAGCGUCUUCAAACUGAACGCCAACGCCUAGCCGAAGAAGCGGCCGAGCGCCAUCAACAGACUCUUCGGCUCGACGAAGAAUCUAACAAAGCCGAUGAAAGAAAGAAGAAUCGUGCGAAACACCUACCCAUUCCCAUGCGCCCUUGUCCCGACGCUACCGAUGAUGAAGUGUUAGUCUCCGAUUUUGCCCUCUGGAAGAUUGACAAGGGACACUAUGUCGAGCUAUAUUACUGGACGAAUGCUGGAAUUCAAGAAGCUCAUUCCACGUAUCGUACCUGGGACGAUGAAGGAAUGCUUCCCACGACCAGUGCAGAUGGUUCCACAACGUGGAUCACUGCUGCUGGUGCUAAACCGUCGCUGGCUGUCAUUGCUGAUCGUAAUCUCUCCACCAUAGAAUUUGCUCAAGCGGUACCAAGGAUGAUCAAAGCUUUGGAAGAAUACGACUGGCCAGUCCAAUGGGUAACGAUGCUGGCUCGCUUCUGGGCUGCACUCAUGCUUCAUUGGUACUGGAACUCGAUUGAUUCCAUCGCUCAGCGCGCCAUUUUGAUCUACCAGGAAGAACAACGUCGUGCCUGGCACAACGCCAUU